UCUCUAUGUUUUCCUAUAAAUUCACCACCAUAGUACUCAGAUUAUUACCAGGGGAGCUAGCUUAACAUUUCUACAGAGCUACCAAGUGAAAUCUUACAACUCAUGGCUUCUACCGAUAAGCCUGAUGUAGAAAAUGUUGCAGCACCAGCACCUGAGAAAGGAGCUGCGGCGCCAGAAGUGCCGCCAAGAAGCUCCUUGACAGUGGUUGAAGUUGUUCUUAGAGUUCUGUUGUUUGUAACAACACUCACAGCUGUUGUGGUCAUGGUGACUAGUAAGCAGACAGAGUGGGUUCCGGUCCCCGUACCGCCUUUUCGGAGACUCAAUUCUGCUAGAUGGACUGAUUCCCCAGCUCUCGUAUACUUCGUAGCAGCACUUUCGGUGGCAGGCCUGUACAGCAUCAUAAGUACCCUGUUCAGCAUCUCAGCUCUUUCGAAGCCCGGUAACUGGAAAUUCUUGGUAUCCCACUUUGUGCUCUUGGACGUGCUGUUGUUGGGGAUUAUUGCUUCAGCAGCAGGGGCAGCCGGUGCAGUUGCUUAUGUAGGAUUGAAAGGAAACUCUCACUCAGGCUGGGUCAAGAUCUGCACUAUCUACGAUACGUACUGUGCACACGUAGCUAGCUCAGUUGGAGUGGCCAUGGUCGCGGCUUUUGUGCUUGUUCUGCUAAUCCUCCUCUCUGUUUUUGCCCUUAUCAAGAAAAGCCUCAAGUAAAUAAUCAAAAAAUUAAGUUCUUAUGUUGGCAUAAAUUUGUUCGUGAUGUUGUUAUGCUCCGUGUGUACGUAAAACGUCCUGAUGUUAAGUGAUGUACUAGUCUUUGAUUAUGCAAAUAUGUAGAACAAGUGAGCAUGCUGCCUGGCAGCAAUAUGUAUUGUGAAUAAAAACAGGCCAUGAGAUAGAAGGUAUAGAAGCAAUAACAUCUUUCGAUUUUGAUUUUGUGUUUAA